UCACACCUCCUCCCUCUCUUUCAGCUCAGCUCCUCUCUUCCUGAGCUUCACUCUGUCGUUGGCGUUCGCGUUGACUGGCCAGAGUCCGCGAGCUGAACACCUUGUUUUGAUCCACCACAUUUUUUUUUCUUUCAUUCUCCCAUCUCAGCAGCUCUUCACCCAUUCAUCCCUGUCCUGACCUCUGGACUGGACUGUUGAUUUCCCGGCCCACCAGAUCCUGGUUCCUCUUUCCACUUCCUGAUCUGAAUCUGACAUCUGAUUGGCCAUGGCGUACCAUAGCUUCCUGCUGGAACCAAUUAGUUGUCAUGCCUGGAACAAAGAUCGGUCCCAAAUUGCCUUGUGCCCCAACAACCAUGAGGUUCACAUCUACAAGAAAGAUGGAACCAAGUGGACCAAAAUCCAUGAGCUGUUAGAGCACAACGGUCAGGUGACAGGUAUUGACUGGGCUCCGGAUAGUAAUCGUAUCGUCACAUGCGGCGCAGACCGCAACGCCUAUGUGUGGUCCCUGAAAGAGGGAGCGUGGAAGCCCACCUUGGUCAUCCUCAGGAUCAACCGCGCUGCUCGCUGUGUGAAGUGGUCUCCCAAGGAGAACAAGUUUGCUGUUGGCAGCGGCUCGAGGCUCAUCUCCAUCUGCUACUUUGAGCAGGAAAAUGACUGGUGGGUGUGCAAGCACAUCAAGAAGCCGAUUCGCUCUACUAUCCUGAGUUUGGACUGGCAUCCCAAUAACAUCYUGCUGGCUGCUGGAUCCUGUGACUUCAAAUGCAGGGUGUUCUCAGCCUACAUAAAGGAGGUGGAGGAGAAGCCCGGCCCCACUCCCUGGGGCAGCAAGAUGCCCUUUGGGGAGAUGCUGUUUGAGUCUGGAGGGUCCGGGGCUGCAGCUCAGACCUCAGGAGGAGCAGGAGCAGGAGGUGGAGGCUGGGUGCACAGUGUGUGCUUCUCCAACUCUGGAAACCGCCUGGCCUGGACGUCCCACGACUCCACGGUGUCUGUUGCAGAGGGAGGCAAGACGAGCACGGUGAACAGUCUGAGCUCUGCGACUCUUCCUCUGCUGUGUGUUAUCUUUAUCACCGAGAACAGCUUAGUGGCAGCUGGUCACGACUGCUACCCGAUGCUGUUUGUGUACGAUGGAACCAAAGGCAACUUGACCUUUGGGGGCAAGCUGGAYGUCCCCAAGCAGGCAGCCCAGAAAGGCAUCAGCGCCAGGGAACGUUUCCAGAACCUGGACCGUCGGGCCUCAGAGACCCAGAGCAAYGACAAGGAUCUGAACACUCUGCACAAGAACAGCAUCAGUCAAAUCUCUGUGCUCGAUGGAGGAAGAAACCAGUGCACCAAAUUCUGCACUACUGGCAUGGACGGAGGAAUGGCCAUCUGGGACGUCAAGACUCUGGAGUCYGCCAUGAAGGACUUGAAGAUAGUGUGAGCUGAAGUUUACAUGACUCCGUUCAAAGUUUAAUCACUUUUGGAGACGCGAAGACUGCUGCUGCACUUCGCAAAGCUUUGUUGCCUUUUUCUUCCUUAAUCAAGAAUAUUUUUAUACCAGUUAAACAGUGUUUGUAGUCCAUCUGAAGCUUUUUGCUGGCUCAUCUAUUUCAAUGCUGGAUACAGAGAAGCUGACCUCAGAUACUUAAUGUGUUUAAUUAGUGCUGCCAAAAUAUUUCAAUCUGAGCUGGAUGCUUAACACUGCUUUUUCUAUAUAUAUAUUAUCACAACAGAAUGCUGUAAUGCUUAUAAUAAAAGGGUAUGCUGGUCAUAAUA